AUGAGGAGUGCAAAGAACCUUAAGGAGAUCCAACGGUUGGUCGGGCGUCUAACGUCUCUUGUGCGCUUCCUACCCAAGUUAACAGAGAAGAUCAAGCCGAUCCUCAAGAUCAUGAAGAAGCAGAGCGCAGACAAAUGGGACGAUCGAUGCGAGGAGGCGUUUCAGCAGAUAAAGGUGAUGAUCAACAGACCCCCGAUAAUGAGCCGACCGGUAGAGGAACUGCCUCUGCAGUUAUACCUAUCGGUCUCGGACGACACGAUCAGCACGACCCUGGUGCAAGAAAAUCCGGAGCAGCGACCGAUAUACUUUAUCAGCCGGGUAUUGCAGAGCACAGAAACCAGAUACCAGCUGGUAGAAAAAAUAGCCCUAGCGCUAUUGACAGCCGCGCGUCGAUUGCGCCAAUACUUCCAAAGCCACCAGGUGAUCGUCCGCACAGAUCAUCCCAUAGCCAAGAUACUCAGGAAGCCCGACCUGGCCGAAAGGAUGAUUUCUUGGUCGGUUGAGUUGUCAGAGUUUGGUCUCAAGUACGAGCCGAGAGGAUCGGUCAAGGGGCAACACUUGGCAGAUUUCGCAGUAGAACUCCACGGGCCGACCUCCCAGUCGGAACAAACGUGGGUGUUUUUCGUCGAUGGCUCAUCAGAUAAUCGCAACACAGGAGCAGGGAUCAUCAUCGAAGGACCGGGCGGCUUCACGGUCGACCAUUCACUGCAAUUCAAGUUCAAGGCGACGAAUAACCAGACAGAAUAUGAAGCACUGAUCGCGGGCCUGAGGCUAGCAAAGAACCUGGGAGCCCAAAAGCUUAAGUGUAACACCGAUUCACGACUUGUGGUCGAGCAAGUGCAGGGGGAAUAUCAAGUCAAAGAUGAUCUGCUGCUGCAGUAUUAUUACAAAGUGGUCGAAGCCAUGAAAGAAUUUGAAGAGGUGACCGUCCAUCAUAUACCCCGGGCGGAGAAUGCCAGAGCCGAUAGGCUAUCCAAGCUGGCGGAAGGAAAAGAGAAAGGAGAAUGUGCAGCCGUCGACCGGCCAGCGGACUGGAGAAGUGAGGUUCGGAAACUCCUGAGAAGAAGCGACGCUGGGGAAGAUAUGAAACCAAUCGAGCGGUGCCGGACGCUCCGAUUUAUCAUAAUCGAAGAGGACUUGUACAAACGAGGGUUCACCGCACCGCUCCUGAAAUGCCUUUCGGAGGAAGAAGUAGGCUACGUCAUGAACGAGGUCCACAAUAGCGUUUGCGGGAUGCAUAUCGGCCGAAGAGCAAUGAAGGCACGAAUACUCCGGGCGGGGUAUUACUAG